ACAGGAAAAGAUAGGGCAAAGUCAGACAAGCUGUACUCCGUACCGAUAUGAGAUACUCGGUCAUGGCCAUUCUCUGAGACGUCAUUGCACAGCCUCAGGCACUGGAGCUCUUCACCGAAAAGAAUGUCUCUAUCCCUGCUAUAUAUGCGUUUGUUCUCAGCACAAUGGUGAGAGAUUAUUAGGAAGACAGUCGCAAACUUCACCCGAUUAGGAAAUUGUUGAGCCAGGCAGGGACCGAACCAGGCAAGGGCCGAAUCAGGCAAUGUAUAAAGUGGCGGUGCAUCCCGUCGGCUGCUUUGACCAGUCGGCAAUUGCACGAACAACAAUACGCAACUUUCAUAUUGUGCUUUGUCACCACCCUCCUGUUUUUUAGGGGUCUUUCGCUGGUCGCGUCGAAAAUUGUGCAAAAUUCCUUUGCAUAUACAUACCCAUUCCCAAAUCAUUCCACACAUGGACAAGUUGGAGAGGUUACGCCCGGCCGGGCCGCUGGAAAAAUACUCCACUGCACGCCAUCCGCUCGGGCUUUACUUCAAUGUGGCGGUGUCGGCAACGUACAAGCUUCCGGAUACCUUCACUCUGCCCUUGAAGGAUUAUGUAUACAAGGCAUGCGAGACCUUGAUCGGCCAGCAUCCCAUCCUAUCUGCCAUCCCGGUGGGCGAAGAUACCGUCGAUACCUGGUGGGUGCGUCUCCCGGAGAUCGAUCUGAGCGACCCGGUCUCCUUCCGACAGCGCACGCGCAAUUUCCCCGAUGGAGAUGAGCCCGAUGUAGAGUUAUGUGAAUUGCUGCAAACACAGCACAGCACGGGGUUCACGGCUCCAUUACCGUACUGGAGGCUUUUCAUCUUCACAGAGGAUGCGAAUGAGCGGCGCUUCACGGCGGCGUAUGUGUUUCACCACGCUACUGGGGAUGGGAUGUCCGGGAAAGCCUUCCAUGAGACGUUCCUAGAGGCAUUGCAUGCUGCUGUGUCCUUGACGCCCGGCGAGGCCAAGCAAAUCAUCCCAUCACCAAAAACACCCCUCUUGCCCAACCUGGAGGCAAUCCACCCACUACCUUUGUCUUUUCCGUUCCUCGCCAAUGUUUUUUUCAAACUCAAGGUGUGGUCCCCGCGCGACCCGGGGCUCUGGACGGGCGCGAAGAUGUUUCUACCACUUAACACGCACCUACGCCAAGUCGUCAUCCCAGCGGCUGUUUCUUCGGCCUUGAGGAACAAAUGCCGCCAGCAAAACACCACUAUCACCGGGGCCUUGCAGACGGCCAUUGCGCGCGCGCUCUUCGCCCAUUUACCGGACCAGUGUACCAAGGUGCAACUGACGGGUGCCAUUUCUUCUCGGAGGUGGCUAAAGGGACAGAUCACGGAUCAGUCGAUGGGAGUUUGGGUUGUGGAAUAUGGAGAUUCGUAUGGUCGCAAGCAGGUCACCAGAGACCCUGCAACCUUCCCAUGGGACGAAGCACGGCGGUCUCGCGCGACGGUCGAACGGGUGCUGAGUCGCGAGGGCAAAAACACGGGGGUGGGCCUGCUCAAGUAUGUGGGCAACUUCAUUGACUUGCUGAAGAAUAAGAUAGGUAAAGACCGAGGUGACAGCUUUGAGGUGUCGAAUAUUGGGGUCUUAAAGCCCGACCAGACCGAUCCCUCGCGGCCGCUGAUCGGGCGGGUGAUGUUCUCCCAGAGUCCCAAUGUCUCAGGGGCAGCCCUUGUGGUGUCUUCCCUCAGCGGUGGAGAUGGCUGCCUAAGCCUGGGGAUUACAUGGCAGAAGGGCGUUGCUGAGCAGGAGCUAAUGAACGCGGUUGUUGACACGCUGGUGAGGGAGCUGCACGGAGCUGCUCAAUGACUAAUGAGGGAGGGUCGUCGAAUCGUAUCUGGACGAGUUGAUUGAAUAGUGUAUAUAGCUGGCACAUAGCCUUGCGUAAUAGACAAUGAGUUUGUUGAUGCCAUUGGAGAGCUUCAUGGACUGGGCUCCAUCGAGUGCGGAAUUGCGGCGCGGUGGAUGGCGGCAUUGCGGCACGACGG